UUCUUUUUCUUAUCAGAAUGUCGCAUACUCAGGCCGAAAGUGUGAUAAAAAAUAUUAUACGGGAAAUUGCUCAAGAAUGUGCCGAAAAGGGGCAAAAUGUAUCUGAAACCAUGGUAGCAUUUGUGGUAAAGGCUAUAGUAUUAGACUCAAGGAAUGGCUUUAAUGUGGACCGUGUUCUCACAAAAAAUGAUGUACAGAAGCUCAUUAAGCUUUGUGUGGACAGAUUGCUUGACACGAGAAGUCCUUCACUAGAAACAAUAAAGAUGCAAGUGUAUUUUGACAUGAAUUAUACAAGUAGAGGAGAGUUUUUAGAUGAACACCAUCAGGUCCUGGAAUCUAGACUUGCACCUGUGAGCAGGGAGAUCACCGACAGCCGA